AUGGCCGCCAUCAACCCCCGUUUCGAUCCUCUCGGCCCUGGCGCCGAGGCAUUCGACGGCCCGGAUGGCGAGUCGGCCGGCAUCAAUUGGUCUGACCCUGCAAGCUUCUCCAGGUUCCUAUCACCGAACCUGCCCGUACCGAAAGCGGUCUCGCCUGAAGAGGUCCGUGCAAAGGCCAGGAGCCACUCCGCCCAAAUCUUCCAAGCGUGGAAUUUCCUCAAUGCAACAAUCGAGAGGCACGAAGCCACCAUCCAGAAGCGAUGGUUCAAGAAGACCAAAGAGCAGCGCCGCAAAGUCCUGCUGUCGGCCUGGCCAAACAUGCCUUCUACUCACCGCCCGGACUUGGAGGCUUUCUUCACGGGUGAAUCUGACUACCAGCGCACCGCCGGCACAAAGUUCGCAGACUCCUACAGGUUCCCAUACAUCAACCAAGAGGAUCUCCUGAAGCCCAGGAACUUGCUCCUCAUGCUCAAUUCCCGUGCUCGCAAUCCACCCGAUGCAUUCGCCAUGGCCGACUACGAGGCUGCGCAUUUCGGAUACACAUCCAGAGCUUUAGUGGCACCUUUCCUUAAUGAGUACACCAUGAUGUUCACCGCGAGAAGGACCCCGGAGACAUAUGGCGAGCUCCUUUCUUGGGAUGAUGAACCUGACUCGUUCGAGUGGAUGACCUCUGGCAAAGGGGUGCAUCCCGGCUACGGACUUGAUAUUCUUGAGGCUCAAGACCGUGUUCUGAACUUUCUGGUUGAAUGCUGCAAGCUAAUCCUGCACGACAUUCAGCCUGAAGCCAUGACCAGUGAACAAUUCCCCGUUCAGCCACAACCGCCGUCCGUCUCCGAGAACGAGACGGGUUUUAGCUCACUGGCGGUGGUAGCCUCCGAAGCUCCUUAUCGCGCCCCGGCAAAUCUAGACCUGAAGCGGCUUGAGUCGCUGGUUGCGUCUAAGCUUUCGGCCGCCGAGGACCAUGUGUGGGCGCUGCGCGAAGAUCCUGGCUACUUUGCCGAUUGCGUCACAGACUACAAAGAGCAUCGACAGGAAUUGAUCCCUGAUUCCAACGGCAAGCCUCACCCUAUUUUCAGGCCCGGCCGGGAGAAUACCUUCUGGAAUCGCGUCAUUGGCGAAAUCAUCGCCAACGCUUAUCUCCAGCUGGAGCUCUGGCACGAGUUUCGCGAUCAACUCGCGAACUUGCAGCGUUUGCAGGCCAAGUACGCUCAGGACAUUUCCAUCGAGAAGGAUCUGCCCGACGAGUACCUCACUGCCAUUCUCAAACUGCAGCACUACCUCAACCAUGCGACCAAGGGGCCCAUCGGACAGUUGAAGCAGGGCGUGGUUGCAUCGCCCCCACUGCGCCGCUUCUGGGUUAGAGAGCCCCCGGAUGACCCGCAGUCGACUAGGAUCCGCGUCCGGGAAAAACCUGGCAGCGCGUCAGAUCAGACCCGACAGCGCCUCGUGUGGCUGUUCAACGCUAUUUGGGAUGAUGACCGCCGGUACCUUGCCGGGAUCACCGUUUUAGUGGAUGAGCUGGAGCGCCUGCUCCAGAAUAACGCGGACGCAAGGGAACUCACUUCUCCGUACAUUGUGGGUGUUGUCUCAGAUCUUGCCGUAAUGGUCGAGUGCAUCCGCCACAUCAACCUGUACCAACCGUGGGCGCAGACUUUCGAGUCCCAUAUGAGAGGAAAGGAGGGGGAGUUCACGAAGGAUUGGGCUGAACGAACUAAAGGAUGGGUUCAGUUCCUGGCAGUUGCUGACGGGACGUCCCUCGCCACCCUAGGGAACCCGUCGGACCAAAAGUUCUUUUAUCCGGUCGACAAGCGGCGGACUCGGGAGAACGUCGAGGCCAUGAGGCGGGCCGAGCAGAACCUGGACGCCUUCUGGAGCAAGAGCGACGAGCACAUGCUAGCCAAGAAGCGGAGCCUGGACAACACUGCGGUGCGGCAGCUGCUGUCACAACCUCGGAUCUUGCAGAGGACGGCGGAGUGGAUUGAGCCGGCCAAAGCUCCCCAGACCCCAGCAGGGGAUGUACAGUCCCUGUGCAAGCCUCUGUCCGAGCUCUACUUCGAUCUAGAGCAGCGGACAGAGCGAACGAUCGACCGUUCCGGCGCGUCCGCUCCCAAGACCAAGGAGAAGACCAAAGGCACAGCACAGACGACCGACAGAUUAGGCACGCCACCAGCGGAGCCCCUUGAACGCCACCGACCCGACGAGCAGCCAGUGUUUACGGUUGACAAGAGGGCGCAGAAGGUCUUCUCCACUCUCUUCUUCACCCCUUCGGCUUCGGCACAGCCAGGCGAGGUGGCCUGGGCAGACUUCCUGCACGCCAUGAACUCCACCGGCUUCGUACCUGAAAAGCUGUACGGGUCGGUGUGGCAGUUCAGCCCUACAAAGUUGGACGUUGAAAGAAGCAUACAGUUUCACGAGCCUCAUCCGUCAGGCAAGAUCCCCUUUCGGACGGCCCGCAGGCACGGGCUACGGUUGAACAGAGCCUACGGCUGGCACGGCGGCAUGUUCGUCCUUGCCUAG